CAAAGCAUCUGAAAAAAUAGACUUUAGACUCCUUCAAAGACGAUUUUCUAAAGCUAACAGCGUUAUUAACGUUUUCUUAAUAGUAAGGUUUAUUUUUUUUAACGAGAAUGGUGAAAAGUAAGCCGCCACAAGAGAAAAACAUUCAAGUGGCCGUUCGUUGUAGACCGCGUAAUGCAAAGGAAAUAAAAGAAGGAUCUCCCACAGUUGUAGAAUGCGAUGCGCACAAGAGAGAUAUAACAGUCAAGCAAGACAUUGGUAACAAUGCUUCCACAACCAAGACGUUCACCUUUGACCGGGUGUUCCCCCCAGAUGCCAAGCAAAUAGAUGUCUAUAAAAGUGUUGUAGAGCCGACAUUAGACGAAGUCUUGUUGGGUUAUAACUGCACUAUAUUUGCAUAUGGUCAAACUGGGACAGGCAAAACCUUUACUAUGGAGGGUGAAAGGAGCAUAGAAGACUGCUCUUGGGAAGAGGAUCCAUUGGCUGGUAUUAUACCAAGAACGAUGCAUCAACUCCUUGAGAGACUUAACAGCCAAAAUGAGUGUGAGUUUUCUGUCAGAGUCUCUUUCCUUGAAAUCUACAAUGAAGAGUUGUUUGACUUACUGAGCCCACAUUUGGAUGGCCAAAAACUUCGGCUUUUUGAAGAUACAGCAAGGAAGGGAUCAGUAGUAAUCCAGGGGUUGGAAGAGAUGGUAGUGCAUAACAAAGAUGAAGUGUAUAACAUCUUGGAUAGAGGAAGAGCUAAAAGACAAACUGCAGCAACUCUAAUGAAUGCACAUUCAAGUCGUUCCCAUUCACUGUUCUCAGUAACAAUUCAUAUCAAAGAAAAUUCUGUUAAUGGAGAAGAACUACUCAAGACGGGAAAAUUAAACCUGGUUGAUCUGGCAGGAAGCGAGAACAUUGGAAGAUCUGGUGCAGUUGAUAAAAGAGCUAGAGAAGCUGGCACUAUCAACCAAAGCUUACUAACCCUUGGGCGGGUGAUCACGUCAUUGGUAGAGAGAGCACCACAUAUCCCUUACAGGGAAAGUAAACUAACAAGACUGCUCCAAGAUUCUCUUGGUGGAAGAACUAAAACCUCUAUCAUUGCUACUAUAUCCCCUGCUGUCUGCAACAUUGAGGAAACAAUGAGUACUCUUGAUUAUGCUCACCGUGCCAAGAAUAUCCUGAAUAGACCUGAGAUCAACCAGAGACUCACCAAGAAAGCCCUUAUCAAGGAAUACACAGAAGAAAUUGAUAAACUUAAAAAGGACCUCAUUGCAGCAAGAGAGAAAAAUGGAGUUUAUCUGGCUCAAGAGAAUUAUGAUGCAAUGCAGGGAAAGAUCCAGUCCCAGGAAACUCUAAUCAAUGAGUACAUAACCAAGAUUGAAGGCCUGGAAACUGAGAUGAAAAAAGUCAACGAUCUCUUUACUGACACCCAAUGCGAACUAGAAACCACCCAAAAAAGCCUAAAGGUGACCAAACGCCACCUGAAAAAGACCAUAGUGGAAAGAGAUGAGAGGGGGUUUCUCCUUGAUACACAUGCACGACAAGAGUCUGUAUUACAUGACCAAGCAUCCAAACUCCUAAGUGUGGUCAAUGAGAGCAUUACUGAUAUCGAUGGUCUGCAUGGAAAGAUUGAAAGAAAGGCCAAUGUAGAACAAUAUAACAAGGGAGUCAAGGAAUCCUUCAAGGAAGAUUUUGGGGCUGUUAGUGCUCAGAUGGAGGCUAAUCUUGCUUCUUUUCAAAGAAAGAACACCAGUUAUUUCUCAUCCUUGAGAGAAAAUAUUGAUACCUUGGUUGAUUCAAAGGCAAAGAAAGUAUCUGAGCUCCAGAGCAAGAUGGACAAAAUGACUGAUCAUUUCAAAAUAAAAAUGGAUGAGAUUGAAGAGAGAAUUCAGUUACAAGAAGAUAACACUGAAGACUGGGCAAAGGAAGUAGUUGAGAAGAGUGCUCAGAAAAAGGAAGAGAUAAUGAUCACCAUGAAUGAAUUCAAGGAAUCAAUCAUGAAGCCAUUURUACAAUCUGUCAGAGAAACAUGUUCCAGUCAACUCGGUUUUUUGUCAGAACUCGGUACUCUUUACAAAGACAAGAUGACUCAGCAUUGUGACGAGAUCAAAAGCUUCGUUGAAGGUCAAAACGCCAUGUUAGCCAGCCAAUCAUUGCUUAUUAAUGAUCUUGCUAGUCAAAAGAUUCAGAUGCUGGACAAUCUUUACAAAGAUGCCGAAACAUUCCGCAACAACCAGAUAGAGAUGCAAAGCGAAAUGAAGGAGACAUUCUUGAGACAAAUGUCGUCUUGUUUGGAUGAUCUGCUACAAUCCCAAGGCACACGGCUCAACCAGUACACCACACAGUUCAAAGAGAACGUCAACGAGGGCAAAAAGUACGAGGGGACAACCGCAAGGGAAUUUGAAAGCCGCUGCGAUUCUCUCCAAAACUGCGCAAAUCAGUUCUCCAACAAGUGCUUUGACGCAGCAAUGUCAAAUGUCGUAGAAUUCCAAGCCAAGACUAAACAAGCUUCCGAAGAGGCCAGCGCGGCUAAUGAAGAACGAUGCCAAUACGUUGAAACUGCUAACGAAGCGAAUACAACCAAAGUCAAUAAGCUUGCAGAGGAGUGGCAAAGAAACCUGGACGCGUCAUUCCAACAUCACAUUCAAAUGGUUAAAAAGAACUGUACUGAACAGACCACUACUAUUCAAGAUAAUCGCGAGACUAUAGAUGCCCACAAGGAUGAUGUAGUGCAGUACGUCCAACAUGACCACAAACACUUGGAAGAAACUAUGAUAUCAUGGAAUGAGGGCAUUAUUGAGCAUUCUGAAUCGAAUUCUGAUUGGUCAGAUGAACAAAUGAAAGCAGUACAUGAGUCAAGGCAGAGUGUGAUGACACUGCUAAACGAUGGUAUCAAGGAUGACCUACCUACUGGCACCACUCCUCCAAGGAGGAAUUUCUCCUACCCUAACGAUCUCAAGAAGACAUCGCCUCACGAUAGAUUAUUGAUGAGAUUCCACGACACUUACAGAGCACCUCUGACACCCGAUCUUCCUUCUAAUAAGAGUGUUUCGAGUGUCUCAAGUGAUGAAGGAAUCCCAGUGUUCGAACUGAGCAGGGACACUAGCAGUGUUGUGGAUGAAAAAGAUACCAAACAAGAGGACGAUAACCUUAGUGAGGCUGAUGAAAAAGAAAACACAGUAUUCAUACAACCAGAGGUUCCAUCCAAGAUUAAAGCACCUAGUGUCUACAACACUCCCAAAGAUAAAGAGAACUCGAGUCGAUCUUCUAGCACCUCUGGUAUGUCCACCAAGAUUCCUCAGCCAGGUAAAUUCAAGACCCCAGUGGAUCGAAUCAAGAUGCCUCUUCGAUCUAACAAUACUAAGUAAAAGGGGUGAACGUAUUGGUAAUGUCAAUAAUACGGUUUUAUGCCAUGUGUCUGGUACAGAAGGCAUUUGUUUUACUUCAUGUAACCUCUAAUCAUAGUGAACAUAAUGGUUUAUUAUUAUACGACUUCGAUAUAGCUUCACACAAUUAUUAUUACCAAAUGCGCAUACAAAAAUUGAUUGGUAAUAUUGAAUUUAUCUUGCUACUUGGCACUGCAGCCUUAAUAACAUAACCAUGUCUUACGAGCUGUAUGAUGACCGAGUUCGCAAACGUUUUACGUCUGUCAAAGGGUCAAAAAUUGAAGCCCAGUGUAUUUUGAUAAGGUUUGCGGGUUUUGGAUAAAUCUACGAUGCAGUAGACUUUUAUCUAAUGGUUAUACACCCAUGGAAAUCCCCGAAACUUGACGGCCUGCGGUGUCACAAUUUUUUUUAACUUUGUUUUUUCUGUUUGAAAGAGGGUGUUACGUUUGCCUUUGAGUUUCGAUGCGCGCGCAUCCUUGAGAAAUACAUAUUCGCCUUGCCUGGAAACAUGAAAUGAAAAUCCUGAAUAUGUAUUUGAAGCAAAACAAUCUUGACGAAUCCAUUUGGUUCUAAUGUUUUCCUAUCAGUUAAGAGCUCUUGACAUUACAUUGUUAUUGUACAAACCAACAUUGCUUGAGAAGAUGCAUGUGGUCUAAAAAGGGAAGCAUUACCUGGGUCUCGCCCAUAGUGAUUGUAAAUAUAUACCAUUUGUUGUAAUAAGUAUUUGUAAUCAACAAGCAUAAAUAUUUUAGAAUUGAAGAUAAUAAUCCCAAAGCAAAUUAAAAUAUAUUAAUCAAGUAGUGGUCCAU